UGACCGAGCCCAUCACCACCACAGCCAUCCCUACAGCUGCCACCGUUUCUGCUGCCUCUAGGAUGUGCCCUGGCAACUGGCUCUGGGCCUCCAUGACUUUUAUGGCUCGCUUCUCCCGGAGUAGCUCGAGGUCUCCUGUUCGCACUAGAGGGCCCCUGGAGGAGAUGCCAGCUGUUCAGCAUCCCUUCGUCAAUGUCUUUGAAUUGGAGAGACUCCUCUACACAGGCAAGACAGCCUGUAACCACGCCGAUGAGGUCUGGCCAGGCCUCUACCUCGGAGACCAGGACAUAGCUAACAACCACCGGGAGCUUCGUCGGCUGGGCAUCACCCACGUCCUCAACGCCUCACACAACAAGUGGCGAGGCACACCUGAGGCCUACGAGGGCCUGGGCAUCCGCUACCUGGGCGUCGAGGCCCAUGACUCGCCGGCCUUUGACAUGAGCAUCCACUUCCAGACGGCUGCUGACUUCAUCCAUCGGGCGCUGAGCCGGCCAGGAGGGAAGAUCCUGGUGCACUGUGCUGUGGGAGUCAGCCGGUCUGCCACCCUGGUGUUGGCCUACCUCAUGCUGUACCACCACCUCACCCUUGUGGAGGCCAUCAAGAAAGUCAAGGACCACCGAGGCAUCAUCCCCAACCGGGGUUUCUUGAGGCAGCUCCUGGCCCUGGACCGCAGGCUGCGGCAGGGUCUGCAGGCAUGAGGGGAGGGAAAGGGAGGUCAGGCCAGGCCUGUGGGUCCCUGGCUCCCAGCCGGAGAGAGGAGGUGGUAGGUAGCAGGCUACCCAGCUAACCCAUGUCCUCCUGAAGGCAGGUGCAAGAAAGGCUGGGGCUAGGCCCCAAGCCACUGUUCCUCUUUUUUGGGAGGAGGUGGGGAGUGAAGUUGGGUAGUGUUGGGGGUGCUCAGGAGGGGGUUGACCAGGGAAGGAAGCAGCUAGUCUGUAGGCGGAAGAUGGUUCCGGGAUUCGAAUACCACUGGAUUCCAGUCAGGGUACACCCAGCAAUUCACAGCCCCUUCCCCUCUUUGUGCCCACGUGUUUCCCUCCCUUGCUUAUUAAAACGGAAGAGCCAUCUCUGUCCUGUGCCUGUUUAGCAGGGAUGCAGCACGCAUGGCUGUGAUGGUGUAGAGUCUUAUGGAAACAGCAGCAUACAGACGGACGGUGAAGAGAUGGUGUUAAACUGUGAAAGCAGAGGGAGAAACCCACACACAGUCUUGUUACUCCAAACAUAGGAAGAGUACGAGCGGGAAGGUUGGCUUUGUGCCUGUGGGUGCCGCUAGUGGCCAAAAAAUACAGAGGUGCAUGAUGGGAAGUAUUUAGAUGAUUACUCGCUUGCUGGAUCCAGGUGUCUGCAGGAAAAAUAAAGAUGGUGGACAAGAAUAGAGCCUCUUGAAGUCAUUGGCAGUUUGAAAGAGUUCUGUACUUCUCCCCUGGAAGCACCAUCCUUGCUGGGGUUGGCAACAAUCCCUGACUCCCUCGAAUGGGUAAUAAGCUUCCACCAGCUUUUAAGCCUCCACCAGUACUUACAGCGGCGCCGUUUCUCCUAAAUCCAAUUUCAUGCUCCUGCGGCAGGCUAAUCCUUGAGGUGUUGUUUCCAUCCCCGUCCACAUAGGGGCAGCAGAGGACAGAAAAACGUCAGGUU